AUGCGUGUCAUGUUGACAUCUUAUCGAAUCACUGUAGUAACGGGCGACUUCGAGGAUGCUGGUACGGACAGUCGUGUGUUUCUUGUAAUGUUUGGCGAGCAUGGUGAAAGCCCUCAGUUCAGGCUGACUUCUCCGGAUCGGCGGGAUCUAUUCAGUUCUGGUGCCGUCUCUAAGUUCAUCAUCCGCACCGCUAAUCUCGGCGACAUUUCCCAUGUUCGCGUCUCUCGCGAUGACAGCGGUUCCAAGUCAGGCUGGUUCCUGAAGCGCAUUAUUGUAGAGGAUCCCUCAAGGCCUCACUGCUGUUACUUGUUCACUUGCAACGACUGGAUUUCCCUUUCCACUAAAAGUGAUGUCAACAACUCUCAGGUCAUUAGGAGGGAAACAUCUCAACUUCAAAACAACUACGAAUACCAUGUGACUUUUCAUACACUGGAAUUUCAUGGUACUGGCACAACAUUGGACGCCUUUUUGAAACUCUACGGAAAAGAGGGCUCGGAUCGUGAGAGAUGGUUCACCGGUCAGUCCUGCCACUUCGGUGUAGACGGAUCUGCUGCCCAAUUUAAACUAAAAACUGAUCAACAAUUGGGCGAUCUAACUAAGAUCAAAGUGGGAUUGGAGGCCAAAGAUCAGUCGUCUGCAUGGUUGCUUGAAAAGGUUGGUUGGUUGUACUUGUAUUCCACCCUUCAUUGCCCUGAAGCACGGUUUCCUUUUACUAAGUAG